AUGCAGACAUACAAGCUCUAUUUCUCCAUUGUUUCUUUUCUUCUCUAUGCUCCAUUGCUCUUCUCUUCACCAGUUCCAGACCCUGAAUCUGUUGUCGAAGAAGUUCACAAGAGCAUUAAUGCGUCGGUCGCCGCAAGAAGGAAGUUGGGUUACCUCUCCUGUACGACCGGAAACCCAAUCGACGACUGCUGGCGAUGCGACCCACACUGGGAGAAAAACCGUCAACGUCUCGCCGACUGCGCCAUCGGAUUCGGCAAAAACGCAAUCGGCGGCCGAGACGGCCGGAUCUACGUGGUGACGGACUCCGGAAACGACAACCCAGUGAGCCCCAAACCCGGAACCUUGCGACACGCCGUCGUCCAAGACGAGCCGCUCUGGAUCAUCUUCCAGCGAGACAUGACGAUUAAGCUGAAAGAAGAGCUAAUUAUGAACUCAUUCAAAACCAUCGACGGCCGCGGCGCCUCCGUACACAUCUCCGGCGGGCCUUGCAUCACGAUCCAGUACGUGACGAACAUCAUCAUCCACGGGAUCCACAUCCACGACUGCAAGCAAGGCGGGAACGCUAUGGUGCGGAGCUCGCCGCGACACUUUGGGUGGAGAACGAUAUCGGACGGUGACGGUGUCUCCAUCUUCGGAGGGAGUCACGUGUGGGUCGACCAUUGCUCGCUUUCGAAUUGCGAAGAUGGGCUUAUCGAUGCGAUAAUGGGCUCGACGGCGAUUACUCUGUCUAACAAUCACAUGGCGCAUCAUGAUAAGGUCAUGUUGCUUGGUCACAGUGAUAGUUACACUCGUGACAAGAAUAUGCAAAUCACUAUUGCGUUUAACCAUUUUGGUGAAGGUCUUGUUCAACGAAUGCCAAGGUGUAGACAUGGGUACUUCCAUGUGGUGAACAAUGACUAUACACAUUGGGAGAUGUAUGCGAUUGGUGGAAGUGCUAAUCCUACAAUCAAUAGUCAAGGGAACAGAUUUAAUGCGCCAAACAUCAGAUUUAGCAAAGAAGUGACUAAGCACGAGGAUGCUCCUGAGAGCGAGUGGAAGAGCUGGAAUUGGAGGUCCUCUGGGGAUUUGUUGCUAAACGGUGCGUUUUUUACGCCUUCAGGUGGUGAAGCUUCUUCUAGCUAUGCAAAGGCGUCGAGUCUUGGGGCUAGACCGUCUUCUCUCGUUGGACCAUUGACGUUUGGUUCUGGUCCACUGAGUUGCCGUAAGGGUGCUCGUUGCUGA